CCCGGAUGUAAGAAACACAUGUGAAAAUGGAUGAGAAAAGUAUUUUGAGUUUCCACCAAAUGGGCCUUGAUGACCGUCUAUUAAAGGCAAUUGCAAAGCUUGGUUGGUUACAGCCUACACUGAUACAAGAAAAGGCGAUACCCCUGGCACUGGAGGGAAAGGAUGUACUCGCUAGAGCUCGAACAGGAAGUGGAAAAACUGCAGCCUUCGCCAUUCCAGUCAUUCAGAAAAUACUACAAUCAAAACAGAUGGCGACCAAACAGAAGGUAUCUGCAAUCAUUCUGACACCAAGUAAAGAACUCUGUAACCAAGCUUAUAAGAAUAUACAGGAACUUACAAAUAGCUGUAGCAGAGAAGUAAGAUGUGUUGAUGUUUCUGGUCAAGUCUCUCUUAAUGCACAGAAGCCUCUUCUGAUGGAAAACCCUGAUAUAGUAGUCGGGACCCCCGCACGUAUUAUGGCCCAUAUUCAGGCGAAAAACCUUGAUGUCAAAGAGACAUUAGAAAUGGUUGUCAUUGAUGAAGCGGAUCUGGUCUUCUCUUUUGGUUAUGAACAAGACAUUAAAAUUCUAUUAAACCAUUUCCCACAAAUCUAUCAGGCGUUCUUGAUGUCAGCAACAUUAGGUGAUGAUGUCAAGGCAUUAAAAAAGAUGGUGCUGCACAAUCCUGUCAUUCUCAAACUGGAGGAAUCUCAACUUCCAGAAACUGCCCAAUUAACGCAAUACCAUAUAAAAUGUGAAGAGGAAGACAAAUUUGUGUUGAUCUACACAUUGUUGAAACUGAGGCUGGUUAGGGGUAAAACCUUGCUGUUUGUCAACACAAUCGACAGGUGCUACAGAUUGAAGCUCUUCCUUGAACAGUUUGGUAUUUCAUCAUGCGUUCUCAACUCUGAACUACCCCUGAACUCAAGGGUCCACAUCGUGAACCAGUUCAAUGAAGGACUAUACGACUACAUCAUUGCAUCUGACGAGAAUGUUCUCUUUGACCCUGGUGCAGCUAAAAAACCAACAGGCAAAAAUAAAGGAGGAAAACGUAAGAAAGACAAAGAAUAUGGUGUGUCUCGUGGAAUUGAUUUCCAGCAUGUUUCCAAUGUCAUCAAUUUUGAUUUCCCGCCAAAUCCUAAUGCUUAUAUCCAUCGUGUGGGUCGUACAGCACGUGGAGACAACACAGGAACUGCACUGUCAUUCGUCAGCAUAAAGGAGAUGGAGCUUCUAAAGGAAGUUGAAAAUGAACUAGAUUCAAAUGAAGAUGGGGAUUCAUCAGUGUUCAAACCAUACCAGUUCAAGAUGGAAGAGAUCGAGGGAUUCCGUUACAGAGCUAAAGAUGCCAUGAGGGCUGUAACAAGUGUAGCAGUUAGGGAGGCCAGAUUAAAAGAAAUAAAAUCAGAAAUAUUUAAUUCACAAAAACUAAAGUCAUAUUUUGAGGAUAAUCCACGUGAUCUGCAAGUCUUAAGACACGACAAGUCUUUGCAUACAGUUAAACUACAAGAACAUCUGAAGAACGUACCAGAAUAUCUAGUUCCAAAGACAUUGAAGAACAUGCGUGGUGGCAUGCGAUCAAGGAAGCAACCUCGGCAGAGUGUGAAAGCACCAGUAACAAAAGGUCAAAUGAAAUAUAGGAAAAGAAAAGCAGAUCCACUAAAGAGCUUUGAAUUUGUGGGACUGAAGAAAUCAAAGAAGAAAAAACAUUAAUGCACUGACAAACAAACUUAGUGCUAUUUUACUGUAAAGAUGAAGACUAUUAACACAGAUAUGUGAAAUAUGUGAAAAUAUAUGUGAAUAUAACUAUUGUUUUGAAAUACCAUUCAGAUGUCUGUUGAAUCAUUGUAUAAAAGGGGUCUGUGUAGCAGAAGUCA